AAUUACUAAUCAGUAAUAACAUUAAUUAAUUUUACAAAACAUUAUCUAUAUGGCCCACAUUUCAUCCCCUUUCUAUGUCGCAUUGAGCACCAUCAAAAUCAUAAUUCCAAACAGGUUUUAUGCAAUAUCCAAUUACCGCACCAUAAUUACGGACGAGUGUUUUAAACGAUUCUCUCUCUCUCAUCUGCUUCAGAAUCCUUUCGAAAGAUCGAGUAGGGGCGUCCGGAGUAGGGGUGGUAAAACCGAACGCUGCAGGCCGCCCGCGCUACUGUCUCUCGAAUCGCCGUCGCGUGCUGCCAUAGACACGCGAAAAAAAACAACUGUCACUUUUGCCGCCAAAAUUUUGACAGAUUAAUUUUUUUUCGUUUUUUUUUUUUGUAAAGUGUGGUGCCCGUGGAUUUUGGAUUAUUGUGGAAUUGUGCGCCCCAGCUGUGGUGGUAGACAGUGGUGUGUUGUGAUGAUAGUUACUCAGCCGCUCUAAUUGUUGAGAGUGCAGCAUGAGAGGCAUCGCUUGUUCGUUACUGCUGUUGGCGCAUGCAGUCUGCGCCAUCACCGGACCGAGGAUUGAAAAUGAUUUUGACAGAAGAAGACAAGUGGCGUUAGGACAUCCCGGAUUCAGCGAGCAUCAGACGAGAUUCGGGUUAAACUCGCCAUUGCAAAACUUUCAACAGAGCGGCAAUAUACUCAGCAGCCCCGCGCCCUCCUCGAUCCAAUUCCAACAACCGAUAUUCCAGCAGCCCCAACAGCAACAGUUCGUGCCCCAAUCGUCCCCGCCAGUAUUCAACAACAUAAUUCCUAGCCAAAGCAUUCCCAACAACGUUGGCUUGCAGAACAAUAUUCCACUGCCAAACAACAACUUCCAAUUCACCCCUGCACCCAGUUUGAACCAACCGGUAUUGCAAAACAAUUUCCAGCAACCAAUCAGGCCUGUCCAAAACCAGAACAUUUUACCACAGCCUGCACCCACUCUACCGACAUUCCAUAAUAAUCCCCUUCCACAAAAUGCUCCUACAUUCAACCAAAACCCAAGCAUUCCUGGUAAUACAGUGAAUAUCGGUAGUCAAAGGCUGAAUCAACCAGCUUUUCUACCAACUGUUCCUACGACACAGAAUCAACCAAUAUUCAGUCACCCUAAUCCGAUAACCAUACAACCAGCACCUAAUUUAGCACCCUUAAACCCUAAUAACGUAAAUAAUGCACAAAUCCCGUUCCAGUCGAAUUUGGGCCAAGCCCCAUUGUUUUCAAACAACCAAAAUACAAAUAUUCAAGAAUUUUUCGAACAACAAUCUAAAGAAAAUUUAGAAAAACUGAAAGAACUUCAAGAACGUCAAAGGAUAAUACAGAAGCAUCAAGAAUUCGUUCAGAAACAACAGCAAAAACAACAAGAAAAGGUGGAAAAACUGCACGAGGAAUUCUUGAACAAACAAGCCACAAAAAGUGUACCGACCUUUGCAACUACUGAACCGUAUGAUGAAUAUUACAACAGGCAUCAAGAAAAGCGCAGACCGCUUUUACCACAUGAGACGGAUUUAUUUAGAAAAGCCGUUGAAAUGUACGAAAAACAGCAUCCUACUACAACCACCACGACUACCACCACAACCACAACAACACCAGCACCGCGCUACAAACCUAGACCUAAACCCAAAACAAGAAAUCCUCCUCAAGAUAGAAAUAAACAGAAACUUUACAAUGAAAUCAAAAGUCUGCUUCAAGAAAGUGAAACCAAAGGUUUUGACGACAACUUAAGAGCUAAAAGCGUUGCAUUAUUGCAAAAGCCCGAUAUUUUGAAGCAGCUAAAGGUAGCUCUCGCAGAAAACCCAGAAGACUUCAAUGAGAAAAAUUUCACGUCCCGAGAGAUUUCCUUAAAUGGUCAGAAGUUCGAAGUCAUAAGAACUAGUAAUCCUAAUUUGAUUCCUAAGGGAGCUAUCGUAGCAGAUGGUUCAAGCUUAUCACAACUAGCGUCGGCUUCGCCAGAACCUCAAAAAGAAAGUCGUAUUUCAUUUGAUGACUUAACUAAGGGUGUUUUACCACCAGGAGCUAAUUUCGAACUAAUCAAACAAUCUGACAGUGGCAAACUCGAAGAAGUCUCUACGGCAACGAUCCAAAAUAAAAAGAAAGUGACAUUUGUUUUCUUAGAAGAACAAGAUGAUGGAUCAUUUAAAGUAAAGGGUGUAAAAGCAAACGGCCAGCAAACUGAGGAAGGUCCUGAAGUGGAAAACAUUUUAAACAAAAUCAAGAAAGGUGAAAUACAGUUGCCCGGUCCAACAAAGAUAUCGAAUUCUAUAUUUAGUUCCACGACGGCAAGCCCGGGUACUGAUAGCACGGACUACGUGGCAGAAUCUUCUCACCAUCCGUCGAGUUACUCCAGUUUUGUAACCGCUUCAAGUAAUGGAGCCGUGGGGCACACUAACCCCGUUGUUCACACGACACAGUCGCCUAACACGUACCGCAACUCCAUCUUUGAUACCGUCCCUACUUCACCUAAAACACAAACAUACUCUCCGACAACACGAAGCAUCACAACGACUGAAAGAUAUAUCAGUUCCCCGAACCACGAUUUCACCAUAAGCAGAAAUAGCCCGAUUAAAAGUUCUUUCCCCAGCUCAACAUAUGCAUCGAUCCUUAGCACCACGCCGACUACAUACCGCUCAACGCCCGAAGACUUAGUCGUGAUAGGUUCAAGUUCUGCUGCACCAAGCGUCGAUAUAGGCCACUCUUUUGGCAAACAAUUAAAUCCAGGACUGGUGGAAAUUUUGAAAGAGCAUGGUCUGUUUGCCACUGCUAAAUAUUUGCGCCAAUCCGGCUUGGACACAAUAUUGAAUGAGACAGGACCUUAUACAAUCUUUGCGCCCACGGACAAAGCGUUUAGGACAUUGCUUGUACAGCUCGGUGGUCCGGACAGAGCUGAAGAGAAGUUCAGGGACAAUCCUAGACUGCUAAGCGGGCUCCUGCUUCACCAUGUGAUACCAGGUGCUUUCGAUAUCGCAUCUCUACAAGAUGAGAUGACGGGGGUCUCCCUCGCCGGCACGCAGCUCAGGGUAAACCAGUAUGACAUGCACGACGUGGAAUGGAAUGAGGUUCGGGUAACCACCAUCAACGGAGCAAGAGUCAUCGAAGACAAGAAGGACAUUCAUAUUCCGCAAGGUAUUGCGCACGCGGUGGACAGGGUGAUGUUUCCCCUGCCCGUUGGCGACAUCGUACAGACACUGCAGGCUGACAGGGACAGAAGGUUCACCACAUUCCUGAAGGCCAUAUACGCCAGCGGAUUCGCUGAAACUCUUGCAGAGAGCAAGACGUACACAGUAUUCGCGCCGACGGACUCUGCGUUCGCACGCGCCUCUCCCGCGGAUCUGGCGCGGUACAAUGAACGGGUCGCUGCACGGGCACUAGUCGCAAGACACGUGCUGCCCGGCACGCUGUACAGCGCCGGCAUGAGAUACUACCAACUACGCAACUCUAUGGAGGAUUCCAAACCUCUCACGCUGCAGAAGAACUCCGGUCGAAUCAAAGUGAACAACGCUCAAGUGGUGACGCACAACAUCCCAGCGACGAACGGCGUGAUCCACGCCAUAGACAACAUCCUGUAACUCGUCCGAGCCGAGUUACCACAUUUGAUGGCGCCAUUAAAAUAAGCGUACGCGCGACACCCGCCAAAUUAGCUUCAGUGAAGCAUAGGGCCUUGCCUUGCCUGAGGACGUAUUAUAAACUCUCAAGGAUAAUCGCUCAUUAGAGCUACCCAUCACUCGAUUCGCAGUCAUGACUUUGGAUGACCCACUCGGGGACAAUAGGUAGUUCAUUGGUGGAAACCACAGAAUACAUAAAGAGAUUAGCAGGAUAGACCGUUUGUACGGGAGCCAAUGUCGCCGACUCGCCCCCACUACACUUCCACCUAAUAGAUAAUAGCCAAUCAAACGACGUGACAUCAAACAAUCGAACCAAUCACAGUUCACACCCGACAGCAACGACGCAAUCAGAAUCAAGUUUUGCUCAAGUUAUGAGCUCUUACUCUUAGGCAAGGGCAAUGUGGGCAGGCGCGCCCACAAGGCCCUACUAACCUCUUUCUGUGUUCUGUGGUAGAAACCGCGUCAACGAUAUUGAACCUAGCUUCCUCAACUAGAGAACGACGCGUGGUCAGCGCGAAAUCCACAUUGCUUCAAAGGCACUAUAUUAACAAAUAUUGAUUAGAUACCUGUUGAAAAAAAGACACUACAUACUAUAAAUAUUUUUUCGCAUUUUUUCACGGACCUCUGCGGCAACUUCACUUUGAACUGACUAUGAACCAAGAAGUGCUUGAGUGGUGUUCAAACACUUCUUAAUUGGGACACAUUUUGAGCGCACGUGCUGUAUCUAUGGUAUUUAAUAUCGUAGUCAGCACCUAUCCAUAGAGUAUGAUAGAAGUCCAUUUAAAGAACACUAACGGCGCUAGUCGAUGUGUACGUGUUCGGAAGCACUAGGUGGCUCUAAUGAACUUUGAGCGCGAGGCAAUUCCUAUCGACGCAUCGAAAUAAUAUACGCCCAGAAGAACAGUAUCUUUUUUGCCUUCCGUGAAGAGUUUUAAAUACGGCCUCUGCAUAAAUAACAUUCUUCUGCAAAAGUUUUAUAUAUUGUUCUUGGGUCGCUAACUUUAAGUUCUCUUCCUAUAGUUCUUUUUUCUCUGGAUGAUCUCCAAAUGGGGCUAAGGGAGAAAUUCUCCGCAUUCUAAUACUUAAUACUUCGACUCGUACGACGAAUUAUGAUAGGUAAUUUGUAAUUACGAAAUUUUGAGACCCUCAGUGGAGACAAAUGAAUCUAAAAUAUUCCUAUUUGAACAAAUUACUAAAUUGAAUACAAUAAUAAAAAAUGCGAUAAUGUAAAUAUCCACAUGAUGCUUAUAGCGGGAAAGACUUCACUGACAUUUUUAACCAUUUUGAAACUAGUAAUAAGAGUUAAGACUGUAAAUAAAACUUAGCUAAUAAGCCAAUAAUUUAUAUAUUGAAUAAUAAACUAGUGUUUCUGUAAAUAAAUUGAUUACUUACGA